AUGCUUCAAGUAAUUAAAGGUGGUCAUCGAGAUGUUGCCACUUACAAAAAUGUGAAGUUUACAACAUCAGUUCAAGCCAUAUCAACUAAGUACUUAUCAAUUGUUUGGAAUGUCAAAAAUAAUGACGUAGAUCCUCAUUAUAUCUAUUUAACCGCAUUUGCAGACAUUCAGAUUGCAGAAAAUGAUAGAGCAGAUGUUUAUAGGUACCCAAAUAAUAGUAGAACAGAUAGUAGAGGCAUUACAAUGAAAGAUCCCAGAACAAAUAACACAUUAACACUUGUUGUUCGUGAUGGUUACAACGUGGAGAAUGUGGAUGCAUAUUGGUUUGGACUUUGGGAAUCUCUGGUAUAUCACGAAUGGGAUUCAACAAAUAUUACUGAGUUUAAAGAACAAGAUUCUUUUCGCCUGAAGAGAAAUUUUAAGGAAAAUAUUAAGUUGUGCAAUUUGCAUUUAUCUCUUUAUGUGAUGCAUAUUUUCACGAUCUGA